AUGGAUCCAUAUAUAGAGGACAGGGAUAUACAGAAACGAAGCCAUUAUAAAGUUCUUGGCGUAGUUCCGACUUGUAAUGACCUUGACAUCAAAAGUGCAUAUAAAGAGAUGUUAUUAGCACAUCAUCCUGAUAAGAACGGAAAUGCUUCGACUACCAUAAAUAGCAUACAAGAAGCAUAUAAAACUCUCAUAGACCCAGAAUUGAGAGACCAGUACGACGAUUCGCUAAAAAGGUCUAUCCAGAGACAGGGAUUCAAUAUAACAGGAGAUGGACUAGAUAUAUACUGUUUGGAUGAUUUUGAAAUGGAGGAAGAAGAGGAAUGUAAAUGGCUCAAGGAUUGUCCUAGAUGUCAGUUUCCAAAGUCCAUUAAGUUUAAGGAAUCGGACUUGAUUGAAAACGGUACGGAGGAUGGCGACAAUGGUUUCGAUAUUAUAGUCCAAUGCGAGAGUUGCAGCUUAUGGAUUAAAGUGAAAUAUUAUGAGAUUAAUGAAGAAGAUGACGAAUAA